GCACUUCAUCUGUGGAGAGAAGGUACCUCCUCCACCGGAUGGCAUCUGAGGACACAGUAUCGCACUCCAAAAUGGCGAACCGCGACAAGGAGCUGGAAGAGGAGAUUUACGAGAAGGUCGUGGACCUGACGGAAUACGCCAAACGUCAGCGAUGGUGGAACCGCCUCUUCGGGAAAAACUCCGGCCCCUUAGCGGAGAAGUACUCCGUGGCCACACAGUUAGCCAUCGGGGGAGUGAGUGGAUGGUGUGCAGGAUAUCUCUUCCAGAAGGUCGGAAAAGUUGCUGCUACAUCUGUAGGAGGAGGUCUUCUGCUGUUGCAGAUAGCUAACAACAGUGGCUAUAUCCAGGUGGACUGGAAGAGAGUGGAGAAGGAUGUAAACAAAGCUAAGAAGCAGAUAAAGAAGGGCACCAAUCAAGCCGGCCCAGAGAUCAACACAUUUGUCGAGAAGUCCACAGUUUUUGUGAAGAAAAACAUUGUUGUCACAAGUGGUUUCAUUGGAGGAUUCCUGCUCGGCCUGGCGUCUUAGGGUCUGCCAAAGAACAACAGUCUGUAUUCCUUCAAAUGUUGUGAGAAGCUAUAGGGAAACAUUAUAAACCAUUGCUGGAGGGUGUUAAAAGUGUUUCGACAACAAAGCAACCUAUUUAAGAUUAGCUUGUAGCUCUGUGUUUCUACACAAGCUGCACUUCCUUUUGUCUACUUUAAUACUGUACACGUGACGAGCACCGUCGAUUUAUAAUGUGGGACUUCUGGGAUAGAAUUCUGGAAAAGUAACGCACACCGAAAGGUUGUAAUGAGGUGCUGAUCACUGGAAGUAAAGUAGGGAAAACGUGUCGCGCACUCUGCCUCCAUAUGCAUUUCUAUUUCAUUCAGAUGAUGUUUCAGCAGUCAGGCCUGCUUCAAGAUCCACGAUGGUUGACCCGAUCCUUUGGAGAGACCAGAAAGAUCCUCUUAAAAUACUCCACCUUCCAGGCCAAAUAAAGAUGCAUAUCAUGCUAAAUUAUUUUUAAGAGAAGUGUAAAUCGGCUAUCGGAAUGUUUCUAUUUAUUUAUGAAAGAAGAAGAGUAUCGUUAUCGCUGCCUUGUUGCGCAUAAUGCAGCUAAGAGCAAGUAGAUUUAAAUUCACCCUCACACGGCAGGUGGUGUCCACAGGAUUCCAUCAGUGCCCGUGUUCUAUUUUUCAAUUCCAGACAUUGUACUCAAUCAUCUUGCCGAUGGAUAAGUGAUUGGUAUGUCUUUUUUGAGAGAUGCCACAUGUUUGAUGGGUUAUGUCUGCCUCCCCUGCAUCUCUUUUUUUUUUUUUAUUAUUAUUUUUUUUUAAAUUAUGUAUUUUGUGUAGCAAUACAUUGAUGCUUUAAAUACCAAAGGCUAUGGUUUGUCUACACUGUAAGUUUGAUGAAGAAAUAAAAAUAACAAUCAGUUGAA